GGAAGCGCUGCUGGUUCUAUGACUUCGUCCUGCAGUCUCACAAAAGUUCCCAUAUCUUCCGGGAUAAGGGGGUUUCUUGGCAUAGCUAAAAGUCAACCGACUCAUUCGGCAGGAAGCGCAGAAGGAGAGAAAGACCUUUGGACUACGGACAACUGGUGCAUUUUACGGGAGGGCCGGUGAAGAAGGCGAGGAUGCUGCAGACGGUGGAGGUGAUCACCCUGUCCUUCCUGACGGACUCGGAGCGGGAGCUGAUCAUGGAGGUGCUGCGGAGGGACGAGGAGGUCCGGCGGUGCGAGGAGCAGCGCGUUCGGAGGCUGAAGACGGAGCUCCUGGAGAUCAGACGGAAGGGCGUCAAGCGCGUGAGCGGCAACUACGCCAGGCAGGGCUGCGGCCGCUGCCAGGAGCCGCUGGGUCGCCUGGCAACCGGCACCGGCCAGUGCCACGCCUGCAACCACCGCGUGUGCCGGAACUGCCGCGGUGUCCGCCCCAACGGCGCCUGGGUGUGCAGCGUGUGCGCCAAAGAGGCGGAUCUGAAGAAGAGCACUGGAGACUGGUUCUAUGACCAGAGGGUUAACCGUUUCUCCGAUUCCCCGGGGCACGAUAUCGUGAGGUCCUCCUUGAGGAAGAGGCCAGAGUUGAGGAAGAGGGAGACUGUUGGGGAGAGGCUCCUGCAGACCAGGGCGAUACAGCCGCCCCCCGCGCCCCGCCUCACCCUGAAGGAACUGGCCAAUGAGAAGCCCCCCCCCGCUGAGGUGUCCAAACCCCCACAGCCGCAGCAGGAGCAGCAGCAGCGCAGUGACACAGAGUCGGUGGAGAAGACCAGCCUGAACAGCGCCAGGACCGAGACAGAAUCCUCCCGCGGGACUCCUGUCCUGCCACGGAGGGAGGGGGUGGUGGAGGGCCGGUCAACGGCCAGGUCCAGUCCUGUGGGCUCCUGCGCGUCCACCCUGCCCGUCCCCGUCAAAGCAGGCACCCAGAGCAGCUCUGCAGACGCCCCCGCAACUACGAUGCAGCCGGGAGUGUCCUUUUCUGGGGUCACUGAGGACGAGGCGCUGUUUAAGAGGAACCCCCGGAGGUCACUGAAAACCUCAGAGUACAGUCGACCCACCUCCUCAGUGCUGGACCUACGUGUUGCCGGUGGUGACGUCACAGCGACCAGCAUGGGGGACCGGAGCAAAUCAGUGCCAGGACUCAAUUUGGAGGAGGAAGAGGAAGAGGAGGAUAUAGACAGCCUGGUGGAGACCCACAGAAGGACUACAGGCGGCAGCAACUUAAACCUUCGCACUUCUAAGAGAACGCUGGGCAGCCUGCUGAGUGUGUACAGUGAGGCGGGGGACUACGUCAGCGUGGAGGUCACCGGGGACAUCGUGUUCUGCCUGAGCUACGACGAGCGCGCCCAGACCUUCUGCGUCCUGGUCAAAGAGUGCCACGGCCUGGCCUGCGGGGACGCCGUCCGACAGCGCUCGAACCCAUAUGUCAAGUGCUAUUUGCUGCCAGACAAGUCUCGCCAGAGCAAGAGGAAGACCACCACCAAACGCAACACGGUGAACCCCACCUACAACGAGACUCUGAAGUACUCCAUCACGCAAUCCCAGCUGCUGACGCGGUCGCUGCAGCUCUCCAUCUGGCACCACGACCGCCUCGGCCGAAACGCCUUCCUGGGCGAGGUGGAGCUCCCGCUGGACUGCAGACGCCUGGACUCCCCCCACGAGGAGUGUGUGACCCUCAGGGAAAAGGUGGUGCCUGUCGCACUGUCCUCCGCCUUCGCUCAGUACAAAGGAGAGCUGGUGAUCUCCCUGAAGUACGUGUCCAUGAGCGAGUCGCACACAGAGGAGACAAAAGGCAGGAAGAAGAAAAAGAAGAAGAAGGAGGAGGGUGGGGAACUGCACGUCCUGAUCAAAGAGGCCAAGAACCUGACUGCAAUGAAGGCUGGGGGCACGUCGGAUUCCUUUGUGAAAGGGUAUCUCCUGCCGUGCAAGACCAAGGCCACCAAGAGGAAGACUCCGGUUGUGAAGAAGACCCUGAACCCGCACUACGACCACACUUUCGUGUACAAGGACCUGAGGCUGGAGGAGCUGAAGAGCAUGUGUCUGGAGCUGACCGUGUGGGACCGGGAGGCUAUGUCCAGCAACGACUUCCUGGGAGGAGUCCGUCUGAGCUCCGGACCAAGUGUGGCGCAGGGGGCAGGAGCAGACUGGCCUGCGGACUCCACGGGGGAGGAGGUGUGUCUCUGGCAGAAGAUGAUGCAGUACCCUGACUCGUGGGCAGAGGGCACUCUUUCACUGCGCUCCUCCAUGGCGAAGAACAAGUGAGGCCGCGGUGAGGAUAACCCAGCACAGUUCAGCGACACUGGGUUCAAUUCCAUCAGUUCUCUACUCUACUUAUUUCAUUGUGUCUGCGACUGAACAUCUCGCACGGAACCAAAGUGGCUUGUGUUUUCUGCGUUUUCACGUAUCGUAUGCAUGUCUUGAGACUGGUUUAAAAAAAAAAACGUGUGUGAGUGAUUAUGUAUGGCUUUGAGUCCUCACCAAAAGGUUUUAUUUUAGAAUAAUAUGUCUCUGUAUGUAUAAUGACUAUAAUGAUCCCAUCAAGGGGUUCAAUUAAAAUGCUACACAAACAUAAAUAUCAGUAACCAAAGAGUUUUUCUCACUGUAGGUUUUUAGCCACAUCUACUGUAAACGGAUAGCUGUAUGAGACAUUGUACUUUUUCAGUGUGACUGAUCAAUGACAAAACAGUGUUGACAUGUAAAUGUGGUUAUCGACUGAAUAUCAUCACUUUUUCAUCAUUUCCAUCACAAUCUUUUGUAUUCACACAAUAUUAAAAAGUCAGUAUUGUUCCAUUUGGGCAGUUCUUUUGUCAAAAAUAUUAUUUAUUUGGCAAAUAAUAAAAUGAAAAUAUGAUUUCCGUAAAUGCAUAAUGCAUAUAUAAGUGCCAUAUAUCAUUAACUACUAAUACACAGCUCUCUAUUUUUUAUAUUCUGGCAUUUCUUUUCUUAUGACUCGUGCUUCCUUAACUUAAAACCAAAUAUUUUUUAUUAUUUUCUCAUGAUGAUUUCUCUAUGAUAUUAUUUUAAUGAAUAAAUAUAGUAAAUGUA